UCAUUUUUAGAGUGCUGCUUGUCCAGUACCAAGUAGAAGUCGCUUUAGAACAAUCUAAAAUUCGACGUUGCUGUUUUUUUUGGUUUAACAUUCUCUAUAUACAUUUUUUUAAAAAUAUGGAUAUAACGGUACCGCCGCCGGACUCGCACUGGUCGUUGAGGUUUGUGGACAUCGUGAAGCCUUUUCCAAAACAUACUUUGGCCAAUGCCACUUAUAAGAUCAUUCGCUUCUUUUACCCACCCUUUGCCCUGGAAACCGUCGAUGUCACCCACGUGGUCAGCGAUCCCGAGCUGAAUAGUUUAAACGUGGGGCUGUUUGUGGUAGUUCCCUUAAUUCUGGCCUGCAUCGGCUAUGGGGUGUACAAAUAUGUGCGGAGUAUGCAUACAGUGGCUAAACGGACACCAUUAAAAUUGUACGAGCUUGAACAGCGUAUGAAAGACAAGUACGGUCCGGAAUACAAGCAGGGAAUCUGGAAGCGAAAGGACAUUUCUGACCCCCUCCUAUUAACCACUGAUCCAUCCGAACCAAAAGCAAAGAGAUGUGAAAGCAGCAAUGCCCACUGGCUGCGCAAAACCGAUAGAUCCGAUGAUUAAUUAAAUCAACACUCAGUUGGAUCCCCACUCGGAUAUGACUGGGGAUCUUAAAAUCGAGAAUCGAGGAAAGUACCUUCUCGAAUCCAACCAGGCUUUGUACCCUUCUAAGCAACAAAAUCGAUAUGAUCCUUCAAUUCCGUUUAAUGAUUGAGACCUUUUUUGCGACUGGAAAAGUGUCAGCUUUGGGCUUUCUCGUUUGGCGCAAUAAAAUGAAGUGAUUGUUUGGUU